UAACCCGACGGGGGGGGGAGGGGGCGCGGGCCGCGCCUGCGCUCUGCCGCCCUCCAUUGUCUCCACGGCGGCGAGGAGCGCCGGCGAGCGCAGCCCGGGACCGAGCGGAGCGGGGUGGCGCGGCUGGCGGGGCCGGCGGCGGCUGGAGCGAGAGCGCGACGCGACGCGACCGCGGCCUCCCGAGCUCCGCCUGGCCGCCCAGCGCCGCAGCCCGCUCGAGGCCUGGAGGGGUCCGGGCCGCCGUCCAUGGUCGCGGCGUCCUGAGGCGGGGGACGCGCCCGGCGCCCCCAGGGCUCCUCCGCCUCCUGCUGUCGGGCGGGCGGCCUCCUCCGGCGCCUCCCUGCGCCCGCCCGCCCGCUCGCCCGCCCGCCUGCCGCCUCCCUCCCUCCUUCCCUGCAGCUCUCCCGGCUUUCUGGAGCCCGGGGGCGGCCUGUGGCGCGCCGAGCCCGCGCAGGACUGCGCCUCUUUGGACCUUGAGGGGAAACAUGCGUUUGGCUUGGAUCGUUUUAAAUUCUUAGUUUGGGAUCCCCGCCCGCCUGCCUCUUCCGCCCGCGGGUUUUUUUUUUUUUGUUUGUUUUUCUUUUUUCUUUUUUUCCCCCUUUUUCCCUCCCGGUCUCCUUUUUGACUUCCUCCCCCUUUAUGCUCGCCCAACCCUCCCCGGGCUGCUGAGAAGUGGGGGAGGGUCUCGGCCUCCAGGUUCCCGCCCCAUCGGGGCCCGGGCGAGCAUGGGGGGCAAGCAGAGCACGGCGGCCCGCUCCCGGGGCCCCUUCCCGGGGGUCUCCACCGAUGACAGCGCCGUGCCCCCGCCGGGAGGGGCGCCCCACUUCGGGCACUACCGGGCGGGCGGCGGGGCCAUGGGGCUGCGCAGCCGCUCGGUCAGCUCGGUGGCGGGCAUGGGCAUGGACCCCAGCACGGCCGGGGGGGUGCCCUUUGGCCUGUACACCCCCGCCUCCCGGGGGACCGGCGACUCCGAGAGGGCGCCGAGCGGCGGAGGGUCGGCGUCCGACUCCACCUAUGCCCACGGCAAUGGUUACCAGGAGACGGGCGGCGGUCACCAUAGAGACGGGAUGCUGUACCUGGGCUCCCGAGCCUCGCUGGCGGAUGCUCUACCUCUGCACAUCGCACCCAGGUGGUUCAGCUCGCACGGUGCCCUUGGAAACCACCAUUGUACUUCUGUUACUAUGAGUUUGACUACUCUUGCUACCUCAUGUUUCAAGUGCCCCAUUUGCUCCAAGUCCGUGGCUUCUGAUGAGAUGGAAAUGCACUUUAUAAUGUGUCUGAGCAAACCUCGCCUCUCCUACAACGAUGACGUGCUGACUAAAGACGCGGGUGAGUGUGUGAUCUGCCUGGAGGAGCUGCUUCAGGGGGACACGAUAGCCAGGCUGCCCUGCCUGUGCAUUUAUCACAAAAGUUGCAUAGACUCGUGGUUUGAAGUGAACAGAUCUUGUCCAGAACACCCCGCAGACUGACCCUGCUGGGCUCGCUUGCUGACUCCUCUCAAAGAUUGCUGUCUGCUGCCCGGCCAGAACCCACUCAGUGACAAAACGAGCAGAGCCGGGUUCUCGCCACUCAUGUCCCGAUGGCACAGAGCAGAGCUCACGGCCCUCCUGUGCCCGGCGCCCGGCAGCCUCUCCAUCAACCACUCUGCCUUGGUUUUUUGUUUAUUUGUUUCCCCCAUUUUUCUGGCUUGGUUUUGCACUUUUCUCCCCUUGGGACCCUGAUAUCUUGACUUCAUUGCCAAAAACCAAUCCAUUGAGGACCUUCUCCCCUUCCUUUCCAUUUCUCCCCCGCUCUUCCCUCCUGGUUCUGGUCAGUUCAGAGGAUUUAACAAUCACAAGUGUCCUGCAAAAAUGCCUGAACGUUUUUCUUAGAGCCUUGUGGGGUUUUUUUUUUCCAGAAAACUUAAAGACUUGUUAAAGGGAUAUGUACAGCUGCCCCUGUUUUCAGGCAUUCUGUUUGAGAACAUUCUAGCCACUGAUGUUCACACGUGGCAUCAGCCCCUGCAAGAUAGGUUUCUGUAUUUAUAUAUUAAAAUACAACCACAGCAAAAAACCUUACAAAAUGUUUUAAGAAAAUGUUCAAAGCUGGGGGAAAAGGCUUUCUUCAUUAGUCAAGGUGUUUUGAUAUGGUAUUAAAAUAAUGUCUAAUAAAAGAUGC